UGAUAAUCUUGUGAGAAAACUGUCAGGAUGGAUCCAAAUUUUCUUUUUCUUUCUUCUAAAUCUCAGACAUAUUCUCACAUGGGAGAAUCAAUGAAAGAAGAGGGAAGCAGUCCAUCUUCCAGAGGAUGUGGGCAAGACUCACCCAUUUCCUGGGACCAAAUCACCAUUUCUAACUUUGUUGAUUCUGACUGGUUUUGUGAUGAACACAUACAAGCUAAAAGGGCUAGAGUAGAAACUAUCAUACAAGGCAUGGCUCUUUCACCAAACCCACUGGUAACCUCAAGCAAUUCCAGAGAAAAGGAUAGUGGUCAUCUUACAGAAAAAAGCAGGGAGAAUAAGAGGAAACAAAAACUUCCUCAGCCGCAGAAUCCCCAGGGGGAAGAGUACUCAAGGGCCAGCAGAGAAAACUGGAAGAGAGAAGGUCAUCAUUUUAAGGAACAACUUCAAAUGCUGCAGCAUCAGCUAAGGCAUCUUCAAGAGAGACUCUUCCAGCUUUCUGAGCACAGUGUCUUAGUUCAAAGACAAAAAGCAACUGAAAGGAAAAAAGAUUCUUUAAAAUACAAGAAUGACCCAACUGACCUUUUGGCUAUAGGCACUGAUCAGUAUAAGGAUCUCAAAAGGAACUUCACCAAAGGAGAGAAACCCAAAAUUUCUGAAGAGGAAAGCCAGUCUAGGGCUCCCUGGCUGAUAACUUAUGAAGAGAAAACUCUAUCAGAGAUAUUAAAGAAAGAAUUAAGUGGGGCUGUAUCACAGGUUGUAGAUUCAGUCUUAAGAAAAGUAUUUACAAAACCAUCAGGUCACCAGAUUCAACUGAUAAAUAGCAUCCAAGUGCCAGAACAGGACAGAAAAAGUGGUUAUUCUACCAUUACAGGGAAUACAAAGAAAGAUCAGUUUUCUAUGGAAGCUUCCCAGAACAUGGCACAAUUACAAGCUGAAGCCCAAAUGAGUGCUUUGUCAUUGUCCAUGAAGAAGUAUUCAAAUUCUUUAGGGCAUCCAGUCAAUUCCAGAAUGAACCAGAAUCUCUACCAGAAUCCUUCAGCAAACUUAGCUAUGACUUCUCACAUUCAAGAGAAACAGAUGUUUAGCCAACUAUUAGGGUAUGGACAAAAUGCCCAUUGGACUUCUAGUUCUCCCCAAAUUUCUUCCUCUCAAGAUACUUCCUCCCCACGGUCUCUAGAUCUGUCUUGGAGUGCUAUUAAGCAGCAGUUACCAAGCAUGAGUCAGCAGCAAUACCCACUGCCCUUUACCUCUAGCCAAGUAGAAAAUCUGACUCUUCUUCCAACAGUGAAGAUGGAACAUGGAAAUCUGAAGACCAACACAGAUGUGAUCCCUUUCUCUUCUGUCCAUAUAUCCUUUACUGUUCUUGUCAUGGAGGGACUAACCCCUGGACACUUGAAGAAGGCCAAGCUGAUGUUUUUUUUCACCCGUUAUCCAAGCUCCAGCCUCCUGAGAGUCUAUUUCCCUGAUGUUCAGUUUAAUCGCUGCAUUACCUCCCAGCUCAUUAAGUGGUUCAGUAAUUUUCGUGAGUUUUACUACAUCCAGAUGGAAAAAUUUGCUCGACAAGCUAUCUCUGAGGGAAUCACGAAUCCGAAUGUGCUGAAAGUUCUUAGGAAUUCAGAACUCUUCCGGACUCUCAACAUGCAUUAUAAUAAGGGAAAUGACUUUGAGGUCCCAGACCAGUUCCUGGAAAUUGCCAGCCUGACACUGCAGGAGUUCUUCAAUGCUGUCACAGCAGGGAAAGACUCAGACCCCUCCUGGAAGAAACCCAUUUAUAAAAUCAUUUCAAAACUGGACAGUGACAUUCCUGAGAUAUUCAAAUCUUCCAGCUGUCCACAGGAGCUACUUCAGAAUUAAGAGUCUACUAGAGGAAAGGAGUUGUCCUUUUUCAAGGCAAGAAAUGCAGAAUAAUGUGCCAGAAAAAUACUGCGCUGGGCUUAACAUGCAUUUGUAUGGAAGUGCAAAGAAUAUAUAGCUUUACUGAUAGGGGAAAGCAAAAAAUAAAUAGGACUAUUACCA